AUGCGCAUUAGUGGAGUCAAGAUGGCGGCGGGGGUUGGCGGAGCUGUCGAGUUGCUGAGCAAAGCCGUGGUUGUGAACGCCGCGGCCGGGAAGCACUCAGCCACCCUUCUCUUUCUUCACGGCCUUGGAGAUACGGGACAUGGGUGGGCUGAGCAACUGGCACAUAUUCGUCAUCCCUCGCUCAAAAUUGUCUGCCCAAAUGCGCCUGUUGCCCCGGUAACACUCAACGGGGGAUUCCGCAUGCCUUCCUGGUUUGACAUCUACUCACUAGAUAAGACAUCUAAGCAGGAUGAGGAAGGACUCCAGAAAGCUGCGAAAGAGAUUCACGAGAUUCUGGACGCCGAGUGCUCUGAGCCAGGGAUGUCUCCCGACAGAAUCAUUCUUGGAGGGUUCUCCCAGGGAGGCUGUCUGGCCAUAUUCUCAGCUCUCACAUAUCCCAAGAGACUGGCUGGAAUACUCGGUCUCAGUACCUACUUACCAAUCCACCAGAUCCUGGAGACGAAGAUGACGUCAGAGAAUAAGACUAUUCCUUUCCUCCAAUGUCACGGUGAUGCAGAUCCAAUGGUGGCUUACAAAUUUGGGAAGCUGAGCUCCGAACGCAUUACAUCAUUCAACCCUGACAACCAUCAAUUCCUGACAUACCGUGGUUUAGGCCACGCCUCCAAUGAGCAAGAAAUGGAAGAUGUAAAAAGAUGGUUGCUCAGUGUACUAUCUAUUGGAGGCAACCUUUGACCUCCAUAAACCACAGACUUACACUAGACUCCUGCAUUCACUAUCAUCACUAAAAAACCAAGGCCUACUAUUGCUAUCGUUACGCGUGCGGCUUUUGUCUUUAUGACAUGAUCAAAAUUUCUUAUUCAACUUAAAUAUACGUCGGAGGCGCCAUUUUCAACACAUAACAGGAGGAGCUAUUGGGGCGAAGUGAGGUGGUGUAUGGAGAGGGGCUGUGGGUCUGAUUGUGGCGGCGGCAGUAUGAGAGAUGAAGUCAGUCAAUAGCUGUGCACAUUUCCUCGGUCUCUCCAGAGAGAUGGCAUGGCCACACCUCUCCAGGACUUGGACCCGCGACCCGCGAACCAGGGAAUGGAGAAUGGACGCUCCCGACACGUCACACACCCUAUCGUGUUGUCCCCAGAGGAUGAAGAGUGGCAUGGUGAUGUUCUUGGCGAGUUGUCUCACCUCCCUGUCUCCUUCCUGCGUCUUCCGCAGGUCCUUCUGGA